GGAUGAGGUGAUGCAAAGUGUCCCCAACAAUAAGCAAAGGGGCUUCUACUCGGACAUUUUGUCCAAAGAGGGGGCCCCUGAUUUGAGCAGCAUCAACCAAGGACCUGAAGUUGCACACAGCACUCUUUGGAAUGUUACCAAAGAGAAACAUCGUCCUAAAGCGUCCUCUUUCAAAAUUCCCGAUGAUUUUGACGAGCAACUAGAGAAACAGAUAUAUGGGCCGUCAACACAAAUUGCCCAAAAUACGGAUUACCCAAUGUCAUCCUGGGAGCCGAAAGUUCAGAUGCCAUAUUACACUCCACCUGGUAAUACGCCAAGAAAAGUUGCCAUCGAGAGAUUGAGGCGGAAAUUCGAGAGUUUAAACAUAGAAAGUUUACUUCUUGAUGCUGGAGUUGAAACAGAUCAACUGAUGCCAAAAGACGAGGUUUCUGCUAGGAUAAACCUGCCGUCACCAGUCAACGCUUCUCUCACCACGUCUAAAGAUGACUUGGCAAGUCUCCAGGAAUCACUCACAAAGAAAGUAUCACAAAACCUUUCAAGGGAAAGUGUUAAAAGUCAAUCCAGUUCCCGUGCAUCAUCAGCUGCAAGUCUGAAAGAGGCAGGGAUAAAGGUCGUGUGUCCUAAUGGUGAGCGUAAAAACAAGGGUCUGUUUGACGGCAACUCUUUGUUAACGAACAGGAAAUCAGCUCCAGUUAACCAGGGACCCCCUGCAGCUGGACCUCUUCAUCAAUACUUCCCCAUAUACCUUCCUCUCGAGAUAUUCGACAAUGAGGAGUACGACUGUCACACCCCAGACGAGUGGAUAAGCAGGCUGUACGACGAGGAUGGAAGUGCUAAAGCAGUACCCGGCAAAGCACUCCUCAAAACCCUGAUAACCAGGGAGAAUCAGAGCCAGAUCGGUAGUUCAGCUACCGCUGCAAAUGACCCUACUCCGUCUCCUCUUUUACCCAUACCAUCGUGGCAGUGGGUCGAUGUUGGUGUACUGGCGUAUUCCCCGAGGACAAAACGAUAUUUAGUACAGCGAGCCAACAUGGGUCUAUCUUGGAGACAUCCUGCUCCCAAUGGAGGUCUAGCCAAUUCAUUGGACGGGACUCCGGCUAACACUGGUGACUGCAAGGAUGGCAAUAGGUAUUGGGUGCCUCGCGUCCGACUUCUGUUCGCAGCUGAAAACCCAUACCGUUUUACUCGACGUGUGGUAGAAGCUCACAAACUGAGACUCGAUUCAGAGUCUGUUAUUCGGUAUCAGAUGUAUGUGGACUGUAUGCACACCAAAUCAGUUCCUGAUAUCGACAAACAGAUGUUAGAUAAUAUCACCAACCAUGCUCUGGGAGCUUGCAAACUUGACGGCUCAAAGUUGAGUUGGUUGGUACAACGUCUCCGGAAGCAGAUUUCUCUGGACUACCAGCGAGCACACAACAGGAUUGCAUUCGACAGCGUGGCCCACACCCUACCCGGCUCCUUUACUUAUGUAACUAUCCCUGACGUCCCUGAGAUCUGUAAAAGUGCUGCUAGGAUCGAUAUUCCCAAAUAUCCCUUCCACAGACAGUUUGACAGUUUCAUCUUCAACUCUUUUCUAACCAGACCCGAGGCUAUCAUGUCCUUGGGGGAUGUGCGCGCUGAGUGCAACAAAGUAUCGAGCAAGGAUUUGUUCCAGACUCAGAUCACGAAGUCCAUGAGACUUGAAGAGUUUGAACAAACUCAGAAUCAGAGCUGUAUGCAAGUCCAGUCCUACCUCAAGGACACGUGGCUGACAACACUUUGUACCCGAGUCACUAGCUCGCUCAGAGAUGUAGGAAAGGGCUGGUUCAACAUAGAGGAGAAUAAGUGGGAGGUUUACGAGAUCUCUAAACUUCGCAAGUUCAUGGAACUCGUCAAAUUCGCCAUGCAAGAUUCUCUAAGAUAUCUAGUGGAACAAUCGCUGGAAGAAUUUGCCCACAUUAUCACAGACACAACUAUAUCGGUGAUGGAACUCAAAGAGGGCAUGGAAUGGCCUCACAAGGGUAACCUUGCCGUGUCCCCCUACCAACCCCUCAAAAACCCCCUCUUUGUCAUUGAUCUGAUCCUGGAUCAGGAGGGUAUCAGAUACUCUACCCCACUGGAGAAUUUCGAGUCGACCAUUGUCAGCGUGUUUGACAGAGGAAUAUUCGUUACUCAGUCCAUACCCCAACUUGAGAAGAGGGUUAUGAGCAAGCUGUUCUGGGCGGGAUGUCCCAUGCUGGAGAGUGUUGGAGCACACGAACCCCACGUGGAGAUUCUGCGAAGCAAGAUCCGUAAGGGCAUCACCCAAGCUCUUAUUCCCCUGAGGGCUUAUCUGAAGCGGUACGAGAAGUUCAGACCUCUCGCCGAGCUCAACGUGGCGGAUUAUUUGAAAUCCAUCAUGGAGAAGGACAUGUCAGCUUACGACGUGAAACGAGAGAUUGAGAUACACCAACAGGAGAAAGAGAGUCUAGAGGCGGAUAUACCUAGCUCUAUUGUUAUUGGGCCCUUCUGGAUUAACUGUGACACGGUCAGGAAUUUCCUUGUUAAGAAGAGGAGAGAGUUGGCUAAGGCUGUUUUGGAGUUACUGGCCAAGAAACUUAGGACACAGACUGAAGAGAUCUGUGAAGAGUUCAAGGUGGUAUCCCGGAAGCUUUUCGACAGACCAAACGCGAUCGAGGAUGCUGCUGAGAUGCGAGAGUACAUCCGGUCAUUACCGGACACUAUCACUCAGAACCAACAGAAGAUCGAUAAGGUCAUGUCAGAUUAUGAGCUUCUAGAGGACUUCUAUUACAACUUGUCCACUGAUGAUUUUAACGCAAAAUGGACAUGCUUCGCGUGGCCAGCAAAGAUAGAUGACCUGAUCGAUCGAACGAACGAGAAUCUGACUCAAGACGAGGAGAGAUUCUCUAAGAUUCUGUCGUCUGACCAGGCCAACUUCGAGGAUAAAAUGGAUUCUCUGCAGAUGACUGUCGCAGGUUUCUCGGGCCACUCGGACAUCAACAAGGCUCUUGAGAUAAGUCUGGAUGUUAAGAGAAUCAGUAACCAACUUAAAGAGUGCCAGACUUUGGCCCAACUUUACAACCAGCGAGAACGAUUGUUUGGUACUCCUGUUACUCAGUAUGACAAGGUCAACAAACUCAUUCGAGAGUUUGAACCUUACAAGAACUUGUGGACGACAACGGCUGACUGGCAGAAGUGUCACGAGUCCUGGAUGAACGAGCCUCUCAACAAGAUAGAUCCUGAGUUUCUGGAGCAAAACAUCUCGACCAGUUACAAGACAAUGCACAAGUGUAUCAAGGUGUUUAAAGAUAACCCUGGCUGCCUGGCUGUUGCCCAAGAGAUCAGGCACCAGUUGGAGGAGUUCAAACCUAAAGUUCCUCUCAUACAGGGUCUUAGGAACCCUGGUAUGAGGAACAGGCAUUGGGAGAGUUUGUCUGAUGAUAUCGGAAUCGUAGUGAAACCGAAGUCGUCCCUGACGUUCAGCAAAUGUCUUGAUAUGGGACUCAUGGACCACGUGGACCAGAUUGCCAAGAUAGCCGAGGUUGCUGGAAAGGAGUUCGCUAUUGAACAAUGCCUGGAGAAGAUGGAGAAAGACUGGGCGCCUGUUAACCUCGAGAUCCUGGCCUACAAAGAGACAGGUACGUACAUCAUGAAGGCAGCGGAGGAGAUUUCGCAGCUUCUUGACGAUCACAUCGUGAUGACCCAAUCCAUGUCGUUCUCACCCUACAAGAAGCCGUUUGAGAACCGCAUCAUGAACUGGGAGAGCAAGUUGAGGAUGACACAGGAUGUGAUGGAGGAGUGGGCUACCUGCCAGAGAGCCUGGCUGUAUCUGGAGCCUAUCUUCUCCUCUGAAGAUAUCAACCGACAACUGCCAGUUGAGAGCAAACGUUACCAAACAAUGGACCGAAUGUGGCGCAAGAUGAUGGCAAUGGCUGCAAACAAUCCCAACGUUAUUACAUUCUGUCCAGACGCUAGACUCCUUGAGAACUUCAGGGAAUGUAACAAGCUUCUGGAACAAGUCCAGAAGGGUCUCAGUGAGUAUCUGGAGACGAAGAGAGCUUCAUUCCCCAGAUUCUACUUCUUGUCUGAUGAUGAACUCCUCGAGAUCCUGUCUCAAACCAAGGAUCCAACUGCUGUACAACCUCAUCUCAGAAAGUGCUUCGAAGCUAUUGCCAAACUUACUUUCCAAGAAGAUCUCAAGAUCACAGCGAUGCACAGUAUGGACGGAGAAAGUGUUCCGUUCUCUGAAACUCUGUACCCAACUGGUAACGUAGAGGAUUGGUUGCUGGAGGUGGAGCGGGUUAUGAGGCAGAGCAUCUUAGAGUCCGUCAAACUCUCUGUAGAGGAUUAUCCUAGGAACAAUCCUCAGACCGCUCGAACAGAAUGGGUGUUGAACUGGCCAGGUCAAGUAGUAAUCGCUGGGUGUCAGAUCUUCUGGACCAAGGAGGUGACGGAAGCUAUUGAGGGUAAUGAUCUCCCGGGGUACUAUGACAAGCUAAUGGACCAGCUGGCCGACUUAGUGAACCUUGUUCGAGGAAACUUGAGUGCUAUUUGUAGAGCGGUUAUGUCUGCCCUUAUUGUGGUGGAGGUGCACGCACGUGACGUCACUGCAAACCUGAUUGAAGUGGGAGUAAAGAAUCUGAACGAUUUCGAGUGGAUCCAGCAGAUGAGGUACUACUGGGACGAGGAGCUGUUGAGUAGAGUAGUGAACAGUGAGUUUAAGUACGGGUACGAGUACCUGGGUAACAGUGGUCGUCUCGUCAUUACUCCUCUUACUGACAGAUGUUAUCUGACGCUCUGUGGAGCACUUCACUUAAAGUUCGGAGGAGCACCUGCCGGUCCUGCUGGUACUGGAAAAACAGAAACUACCAAGGAUCUUGCUAAAGCUCUGGCCUACCAGUGUGUUGUGUUCAACUGUUCUGAUCAGCUUGAUUUCAUGGCUAUGGGCAAGUUCUUCAAGGGAUUGGCAUCUGCUGGUGCCUGGGCAUGUUUCGACGAGUUCAACAGAAUUGACAUUGAGGUGUUGUCAGUGGUGGCUCAACAGAUAACAACCAUUCAGAAAGCACAGAUACAGAAGUUGGAGAGGUUCAUGUUUGAGGGCGUGGAGAUUGUGUUGAAAGCAUCUUGUUCUGUGUUCAUUACAAUGAACCCUGGUUACGCUGGCAGAACUGAACUUCCUGACAAUCUUAAGGCUCUGUUCAGACCAGUCGCUAUGAUGGUGCCGGACUACGCUAUGAUUGCUGAAAUUUCGCUGUUUUCCUUCGGGUUUUCAGAUGCGAAGGUCCUUUCCAAGAAGAUCACUAGUACCUUCAAGCUAAGCUCAGAACAGCUUUCUGCCCAGGACCAUUACGAUUUUGGUAUGAGAGCCGUGAAGACUGUGAUCUCUGCCGCUGCUAAUUUGAAGAGAGAUCUCCAAGAUACUUCAGAGGAGCUGAUCUGUCUUCGUGCUAUCAGGGACGUCAAUGUUCCUAAAUUCUUGCAGGAUGAUUUGAAACUCUUCAACGGCAUCGUGUCCGAUCUUUUCCCCAAGAUCAAACAAGAGGCGAUCGAUUAUGGUGACCUCGAUACCAGCAUCAAGAAAACAUGCGCAAAGAAGAAUCUUCUAGCUGUGGAUGGUUUCAUGAACAAGUGUAUUCAGCUUUACGAAACAACAGUGGUGCGGCAUGGCCUCAUGUUGGUUGGUCCCACCGGUUCUGGUAAAACCAGAUGUUACGAGGUCCUCCAAGAGGCUAUGACCGACAUAAAAGGUUACAGUAUAGGAGCGUACACGUUCGAGAAGGUGAUCACGUACGUUCUGAACCCCAAGUCUAUCACAAUGGGUCAGCUGUACGGAGAGUUCGAUGCCAUGACUCACGAGUGGACUGAUGGUAUUCUGUCAUCCCUUAUCAGGCUCGGGUCCUCUAGCACUGAAACCACAAGACGUUGGUACGUGUUCGACGGUCCGGUCGAUGCUGUGUGGAUUGAGAACAUGAACACUGUCCUAGAUGACAACAAGAAACUCUGUCUCAGUUCUGGAGAGAUUAUCAAAUUAACUGAUUACAUGACGAUGAUGUUUGAGGUAGCUGAUCUAGCUGAAGCUUCUCCAGCUACUGUCAGCCGAUGUGGUAUGGUUUACUUGGAGCCUCAGAUCCUCGGCCACACGCCUUUUGUCACCUGCUGGCUCAAUACCCUACCUGAGAUCAUGAAACCGUACCGGGAACACCUACAAACUCUAUUUGAUACUUAUCUUGAGGGAGCCCUCAAAGCAUUGAGAAAGAACUGCAAAGAAAUGUUAACCACGAUGAACAGCAGUCUGAUCGACAGUACUAACCGAUACAUGGAGUGUUUCUUUGCUCCUUUCACUAAAACAGAGGGUCCACAAAUUCCUGAAGAGAAAUCAGCCAUGAUCCCGAUGUUGAUCGAACCCUGGUUCAUAUUCUCUCUGACUUGGGCGAUACCUGCUUGCUGUGACAGUGAUGGCAGGAAGAACUUUAGUCUUUGGUUGAGGGGUGCAAUGAAGGACGCUAACGCUCAAAUGCCGUAUCCAGAAGCUGGUCAAGUAUUCGACUACAAGCUGGACGAUGGUGGAGCUAGCAUAUUUGAUGAUGACGAAGAGGAAAUUAAGGACAGAAAGAUUUGCUGGGAAAUGUGGACAAAGGAAAUGCCAGAACUGAACAUCACUCCCGAGAGCAAGUUCCAAGAUAUCAUUGUUCCAACUAUGGACACCAUCCGUUCCGAAUACUUGAUAGAAAUGCUGCUUGUCAAUAAAAAACAGCUUAUGUGUAUCGGACCAACUGGUACUGGAAAGUCUCUGACGAUUGCAAACAAGCUCAGUUUAGGAAUGUCUGAGGAGUACAUCUCUAACUUCCUCAUGUUCUCUGCAAGGACUUCGGCCAAUCAAACUCAGGACAUUAUAGAUAGUAAGCUUGAUAAGCGGAGGAAGGGAGUGUUUGGACCUCCACUCGGAAAAGAAUUCGUCUUCUUUAUCGAUGAUUUCAACAUGCCCGCUCUUGAGGUAUACGGAGCCCAGCCACCUAUUGAGUUGAUCAGACAAUGGCUUGACCACAAAGGAUGGUACGACAGAAAGGUGAUCGGAGCCUUCAAAAACCUGGUUGAUAUAAACUUCCUUGUAGCACUAGGACCACCAGGUGGCGGCAGGAACCCUCUUACAAGUCGUAUUGUUAGACAUUUUAACCUUCUCACCUUCUGUAAUCUUCAAGAUGACAGCAAGGAGAGAAUCUUUGGCACCAUCCUGGCGAACCACUUGUCCUCAAUGCCCGGAGGAGGAGCUGAAUUUAGUGGAAACGUUUCGAAGGCCACCAUCAUGGUUUACAACACCAUCUGCUCACAACUUCUGCCCACCCCAGCUAAAUCUCACUAUACCUUCAACUUACGAGAUCUGGCCAAGGUAUUCCAAGGUAUGCUCAUGCUGGAUAUGGGAAAAUCCCGACCACAGUUUGAAAUUCUUAGGCUUUGGUAUCACGAGUGUAAGCGGGUCUUCGCUGAUCGUUUGGUGAAUGAUCAGGACAGAACCUGGUUCGAUGAACUUCUGAAAGAGCGCCUGGUCAAAGACUUUGACACGUCCUACGAUGCAAUUGCAUCCGAAGACAUGCUGGUUUACGGAGACUUCAUGGUUCCCAACGCAGACCCAAGAAUGUACGAACAUAUCGACAACGUCGAGAAGAUGGUGCUCAUUCUCCAGGAGUACCUGGAAGAUUACAACGCUCUGAGUACUGCCCAGAUGAAACUGGUGCUGUUCCUGGACGCUGUGAGUCACGUGACUCGUAUUAGUAGAGUUAUCAGGCAGCCUCUUGGCAACGCUCUCCUUCUUGGAGUUGGAGGUUCCGGAAGACAAUCUCUGACUCGACUUGCUGCGCAUAUGGCAGAAUACGACCUCUUCCAGAUUGAGUUGAGUAAGAAUUACGGAGUGUCCGAGUGGAGGGAGGAUUUGAAAAACAUGCUUCUCAAGGCUGGUCUUCAGAAUAAGAGUAUUGUUUUCCUCUUCUCUGAUACACAGAUAAAAGCAGAGUCCUUCCUCGAGGACAUCAACAAUAUCCUUAACUCUGGAGAUGUUCCCAACAUAUACGCCUUCGAAGAUCUGGAUAACAUCUACACCGCCAUGAAGCCUGUCGUGCUGGAUUUAGGACAGCAGCCGACCAAAACAAACCUGUUCGGAGCGUACACAAAGCGAGUAAAGAACAACACUCACACUGUUAUCUGUAUGAGUCCUAUUGGUGAAGUGUUCAGAGCCAGACUUCGUAUGUUCCCAGCUCUCAUUAACUGCUGUACUAUAGAUUGGUUCAGCGAGUGGCCUGACGAGGCUUUGCAGUCCGUCGCCAAAACAUUCCUCAGCGAGAUUCCUGGUUUGGAGGAUGGACAAGUGGAAGGGAUUAUUGAUGGGUUGGUAAAUACCUGUGUGGUAAUCCAUCAGACUGUCACUAAUGCGAGUAAACAGUACUUAAUAGAGCAAGCAAGAUACUCCUACGUCACACCCACCAGUUAUCUAGAACUACUGGGUAUCUUCUCCAAACUGAUUAACUUGAAAAAGGAAGAGCUGGAAGCAGCAAGAAAAAGAACAAAAACUGGUUUGACAAAACUCCUCAACACUCAAGAUGAUGUGGCAAAAAUGCAAGCUGAGUUGGAGACUAUGAAGCCCAUGCUGGAAGAAGCGACAAAGGACACGGAGGCAACAAUGAUACAGAUAGACAAGGACAGUGUGGUAGCCGAACAAACAAGGGAGAUGGUCCAGAAGGAGGAGUCUUCUGCAAGUAUUAUGGCAGAAGAAUGUAAAUCAAUCGCUGAUGAUGCUCAGAGAGACCUCAACGAGGCACUCCCUGCCUUAGAUGCGGCUCUAAAGAGUUUGAAGAGUCUCAACAAGAACGACGUGGUUGAGGUGAGAGCAUUGCAGAGACCUCCAAACGGUGUCCGGAUGGUAAUUGAAGCUGUGUGUAUCAUGAAAGCUAUCAAACCAAAGAAAGUGCCUCAUCCUGACAAGGCUGGUGUAAAGAUUGACGACUACUGGGAGCCUGGCAAAGCCAUUCUCCAGGACCCGACCAAGUUCUUGGACAGUCUCUUCAAGUUUGACAAGGAUAAUAUCUCUGAUGACGUCAUCAAGAAGAUUCAGCCUUAUAUCGAUUCCGAGGACUUCACUCCUCAAGCUAUUCAGCGAGUGUCUAAAGCGUGUACCUCCAUCUGUCAGUGGGCCAGAGCGAUGCACAAGUACCACUUUGUGUCCAGGUCUGUGGCUCCUAAACGAGCUAGACUGAAGGAAGCACAAACACAACUCGAUACCACCAUGCAGAUCUUAAGCGACGCAAAAGAAAGGCUGCAGGAAGUUGAGGACAGAGUCGCAACACUCCAAGCAAAGUACGAUGAGUGCCUCAACAAGAAAGAGGAGCUAGAAAACAAGACGGAUCUCUGCCAGGCGCGUUUGGGACGAGCUGGUCGACUUAUCGGAGGGUUAGCUGACGAGAAGAUCAGAUGGGAGGAAACUAUCGAAACUCUGACAAAACGUAUUGGUAACGUUGUUGGAGAUCUGAUGCUCUCCGCUGGUUGCAUUGCUUAUCUUGGUAUUUACUCUGGUGAAUACAGGCAGUCCUUGCAGGACAAGUGGGAAGAUUAUCUUAUUGAGAUGGGAGUCCCACUAACUCCUCAGGUUAGUCUGGUGACUACCCUUGGAGACCCGGUCAAGAUACGAGAAUGGAAUAUUUACGGUCUCCCUCGUGACAACUUGUCUACUGAGAAUGGUGUUAUCGUGCAGUACUCCCAGAGGUGGCCUCUAUUUAUCGACCCACAAGGACAAGCUAACAAGUGGGUCAAGGUCAUGGAACGUGAUAAUGGUAUUGACGUCAUAAAACUCACAAACAGGGACUUCUUGAGAUCACUUGAAAAUGCGGUCCGGUUUGGUAAGCCUUGCCUACUUGAGAAUGUUGGCGAAGAGCUGGAUCCUGCUUUAGAACCAAUUUUACUGCAGCAAACAUUCAAACAACAAGGUGGUAUAGUGAUCAAGUUGGGAGACACCAUAAUUCCUUACCAUCCUGAUUUCAAGCUGUACAUCACCUCAAAAUUGCCCAAUCCUCAUUACACACCCGAGGUUUCGACUAAAGUAACGAUUGUCAACUUUACUUUAUCACCGAGCGGUCUUGAAGACCAGCUGUUGGGUAUCGUCGUGGCGGAGGAGAGGCCUGACUUGGAGGAAGCAAAGAACCAACUUAUCGUGAGCAACGCCAAAAUGAAGCAAGAGAUCAAGGAGAUUGAAGAUAAGAUAUUGCACAGACUUUCUGCUUCAGAAGGCUCCCCUGUUGACGACAUCAGUCUCAUUGACACAUUGGAGAUAUCGAAGGUGAAAGCAGAAGAGAUUAAAGCGAAGGUGCUUAUUGCCGAGCAAACAGAGAGAGAUAUUGACGAAACAAGAUCGAGAUAUCUACCUGUUGCGGUCAGGACCCAGAUCCUCUUCUUCUGUGUGGUCGAUCUUGCUAAGGUCGACCCUAUGUACCAGUAUUCACUCGAAUGGUACAUCAAGAUCUUCUUGAAUGGUAUUGCCAACGCUGAGACGUCUGACGAUUUGAACGAACGAAUCGUUAACAUCAACGAAUUCUUCACCUUCUCAUUGUACGUUAACGUGUGCAGAUCUGUAUUCGAGAAAGACAAGCUUCUUUUCUCCUUCCUUCUGUGUGUUCGUAUCCUCAUGCACGAGAAAGACAUCAAUAUGGACGACUGGAGAUUCCUUAUUGCUGGUGGAAUGUUGCCUGAAAAGCUGAUUGCUAACGCUGGCGAGGGAUGGUUGUCUGACAGAAGUUGGACAGAGUUACAGGCUUUGAAUUUGCUUGGUGCUUUUGUGGGAAUCGCUGAUACUUUUAAAGAGUAUGAGGUUGCCUUUAGGGCCUACUUUGAUAGCCCUGAGCCUGAAAGAGCUCCACUACCAGGAAAAUGGGAACAGCUCACAAAUUUCCAGAAACUUCUUAUUCUGAAGUGCAUACGUCCUGACAAGUUCACCAACGCCAUGCAAGACUUUAUCGCGAAUAGCCUUGGUGAGCAGUUCAUCGAGCCCCAGACCACUGAUCUAUCCCUGGUCUACAAGGAUUCCUCCCCAACUACACCCCUCAUUUUCGUGCUGUCCACUGGAACUGACCCUGCUGCUGAUCUAUACGCCUUCGCAGAGGAGAUGAAGUUCUCUAAGAAGCUGACUGCUAUCUCGCUGGGUCAAGGCCAGGGACCUCGAGCUGAGGCCAUGAUGAGAUCUGCAAUGGAGCGUGGAAGAUGGGUAUUCUUCCAGAACUGCCAUCUUGCCCCAUCCUGGAUGUCCUCGCUGGAGCAGCUCACUGAGAAUAUUGACGCUGACAAGGUUCACAGAGAUUUCAGGCUGUGGCUGACCAGUAUGCCCACACCUAAGUUCCCUGUUGCGAUCCUGCAGAACGGCAGCAAGAUGACGGUGGAGCCCCCCAGAGGUGUGAAGGCUAAUCUGCUGAAGAGUUACCAGCAGCACAAUGAUGAAUUCCUCACUUCUUGCACUGGCAGAGACGUGGAAUUCAAAGCUCUGCUCUUUUCGCUCUUCAUGUUCAAUGCUGUUAUCUGUGAACGAAGGAAGUUUGGCUCGCUUGGUUUCAACAUCCCAUACGAUUUCACCGCUGGAGACUGUAACAUCUGCGUGUCUCAGCUCAACAUGUUCCUCCAAGAAUACGCCCCCCAAGUCCCUCUCAAGGUGCUGCACUACACUGCUGGUGACAUCAACUUCGGAGGCCGAGUUACUGAUGACUGGGACAGGAGAUGUAUCAACACCAUAUUGUACGGGUUCUACAACAAGGAAGUUCUCACUGAGGGUCAUAAGUUCUCCGAGUCUGGAACUUACAAACAAAUUUCUCAUGAGGCCGUGUUCAAGGAUUACAUCAAGUCCAUCAAGGCACUCCCUCUGAACGACAGUCCGGAACUGUUCGGGCUCCACGAGAACGCUAACAUGACUUACGCUCAGAACGAAACAUUUGCAAUCCUCGACAAGUUCCUCCUUAUGCAGGCCAAGACUGGCGGUGGAGGAGGAAAGUCUCAGGAAGAGGUGAUCGACGAGACGUCAAAACAGAUUUUAUCUAAGGUCCCUAAGCCGUUUGAUAUUGUAGAUUUGAUGGAGAGACACCCUGUAAUGUAUGAAGAGAGUAUGAACACAGUCCUCCAACAAGAGGUGAUCCUGUACAACACUCUGCUGAGCCUGAUACACCGCUCACUAGGCGACCUGCUUAAAGCCCUCAAGGGUUUAGUCGUCAUGUCAGACCAGCUGGAGAGGAUGUCGACCUCUGUCUUCAACAACUCCGUACCUGAUAUGUGGGCCAACAAAGCUUACCCCUCUCUCAAACCUUUGGGUUCAUGGGUUGCUGAUCUUCUUACGAGGCUAGAAUUCAUCAAGGGUUGGAACAAGGACGGGAUCCCAAAUGUGUUCUGGAUCUCAGGUUUCUUCUUCCCUCAAGCCUUCAUCACCGGUGCUCUGCAGAACUACGCGCGGCUCACCAGUAUCUCGAUCGAUACUAUCGGAUUUGAGUACAGGGUGGUACCUGUAACGGAGGAGAUAAAGGAGAAACCCAAGACUGGGUGCUAUGUGUCUGGGUUCUUUGUUGAGGGUGCAAGGUGGUGUAGUGAGACACAUGUUCUUGCUGAGUCUAGACCAAAAGAGCUUUUCACUGAUAUGCCGACGAUCCAACUGAUCCCAGCAGCGGACAGAGAGCAACCCAGCAGCGGUAUCUACAUCUGCCCCGUCUACAAGACCCUGACUCGAGCAGGAACACUCUCCACUACUGGACACAGUACCAACUUUGUCAUGCCCCUCGAGCUUCCAUCUGAUAAGCCUCCAGAGCACUGGAUUAAGCGAGCUGUCGCUCUUAUCUGUGCUCUAGACUAUUAAAGUCUCGCAUUUACGACUUUAUUCGUUUGAGAAAAGACUUUGUAAUACAGAGUUAUAGAGACUUUACUAUGAUUUAUAUUAUUUUUAAUCCGUGUAAAUAUCACGCUGUAAAUUAUUGUAGAUUCAGAUAAAAUGUACAAUAUUAGAAACAAAGUCAUGUUCGUAGGUUAGCUACGUUUUAGAUUUUUAACUGUGAAGAAAUUAAUAUGGGUUGUAAACUUGUAUAUAAUGAUUUUAUUCUGAGGUAGUAGGGAUCUCGAUUAGAUAAUUCCUACCACCCUCGGUAUUAUCACCCCGUUACAAUCAGAUUCAAUCAAACUCUUGUCAGUAUUCAUCACAAACAUUUCUCUCUAUAUACCAAGUUUCAUUACAAUUGUGAACGAUAUCUAGCUUUUCAUUUCAAGAUGUAGAUAGAUUUCUAUGUACUUGUAGUAACAGUUUUGUAAAAUUUUUAGAAUAAUUCAUUUAAACUCCAAA